UGUUUCGUGGAGUCGAGGAAACCCAAUGUAGACAUGAUACUAUAAUAAUACUACUGUGUUCCUGACCUCAUUGACAACCAAUCAACCAACCGCCAGGAAACGGACUUGAAAACAAGGAACGGAGCACUGUCCUGAUUAUUAUGAUGGACAGUGUCCACUCGAGAUCCUCCACAUUACCUGUCGAGAUCCUUGAGCUGAUCUUCAAUCACCUGGAACGUUGUGAACUCAUCCCAGUCCUUGGCAGCAGCUCCGUAUUCCACAAUACUGCAUAUCGUGCGGUCUACCGUAACAUAUCAGAAACGUCAUCAGUCAAGGCCUUGAAGCUUAUAAAGACCCUUGCUUCCAAUGCCACCUAUUCCCGACACGUCCGUUCUAUCGAUCUCGACUUUGCCAACAACCUCAUCACCGCCAAUAUCCUACGCCUCUUGAAUCGCGCGCUCCAGCAACUCAAAUCGCUUACGACGCUUAUCCUCGACUUCUCCCAGACAGACAAUGCUGCUGAUAUCGCAUGGAUAUUCCAGGGGUGUUCCUUCUCGCUCACAACCUUCACCUCAUCUAUGCGGUGUGACCGCUCGCUGGCGAAAUUCCUGGCUAUGCAGCCCACGAUAACGGAGCUCUGUCUGAGAGGGUUCAAUAAGGAGUACGACUUUACGCUGGAACCUAAGGCGCUCCCAAAGCUGGAGCAUUUUAGGACCGUUCUGUCUUACCCCAGCAUAAUCGGAGAGGUCUUGAGAGGCAGACCCGUGGAGAGCGUUUCCAUGUCGCUUUACCCCGGGGACGUCUGUACGUCCCUCGACACGCUUUUGCUCUCAGCUAGAGCGAUAAAGAAGCUUACUGUCAUGAGCUUCGAAAGCGACCCCCCUGUUGCACUCCUUCCCCUCAUCGCAGAGCGGCUACCUCAUCUUGAGGCUUUCCAUCUCGUAGUUCUCAUGACGCACUACACCCAUGAAAUUCUACUCGAGAUUGGCUCGAGUCUCGCGCAGUUCAAGGCUCUGAAAUACAUCACGUUCAUGGCUCCAGGUAUACCUGCGUCCUUCAACGAUGAAAAGAGCGUCGCGGAAGCAUGGAGUAAAGCGUGCCCAACCCUACAGACCAUCAUCCUUCCCAAGGGACUAGUAUGGUUCCAGAGGGACGAGAAUUGGGCAUGCCUGAAAGAUCGCGAGGAUUAAGGUAUUCCUAAGUUUCACAGAACAACUAAACCAUUACGGUCUUGCAUUAGCUGGGUACCGGUAUCCGAAUUUCUUGAAGGGUAAAGAAGCGCUCCUCAGGGUCGUUUGUGGAAGGGGAGUGCCCACUCGGGAAUGAUCGUAGAGCCCCCUGGUGCGGAUCAUCUACCGCGAGACCUUUUCACUUCUUAUGAUUGCUACGAUUCUAUCAAGCUGCAA